CACCUGUCAUCCCCCUCGCAUCACUCUCUCUCCCUCUCUGCCCCAAACCCCAACAAAACAGCACCAAAAGGAAGACAACAGAGAGAGAGAGACCGAGAAAAUGGCGCCAAAAUCCCUAGCUUUCUCGGGGAUCGCUCCGUCUAAUUUCGCCGUGUUUCUGGUUGCAAUGCUGCUUUGUUCGCGGCCAAUCAGAGCCGGCCACGACUACCACGACGCUCUACGGAAGGGCAUUCUGUUCUUCGAAGGCCAACGCUCCGGCAAGCUCCCUCCCGAUCAACGCAUCCGAUGGCGCCGUGACUCCGCUUUGCGAGAUGGCUCCUCCGCCGGGGUGGAUUUGACGGGAGGUUACUACGACGCCGGAGACAACGUGAAGUUCGGGUUCCCGAUGGCGUUCACCACGACAAUGCUGUCGUGGAGCAUCAUCGACUUCGGGAAGACGAUGGGACCUGAGCUGAAGAACGCCGUCAAAGCCGUGAGGUGGGGGACGGACUAUCUUCUGAAAGCGACGGCGAUUCCAGGCGUAGUCUUCGUUCAGGUGGGAGACGCGUACUCUGACCACAACUGCUGGGAGAGGCCGGAGGACAUGGACACCCUCCGUACAGUCUACAAAAUAGACAAGGCCCAUCCCGGUUCUGACGUCGCCGGAGAGACCGCCGCCGCUCUCGCUGCCGCCUCCAUCGUCUUCAGGAAACGCGACCCUUCCUAUUCCCGUCGCCUUCUCGAUCGAGCCGUUAGGGUAUUCGCGUUCGCAAACAAGUACAGGGGGGCGUACAGCUCGAGUCUUUACCACGCGGUGUGCCCGUUUUACUGCGACUUCAACGGGUAUCAGGGUGGAUGGAUGCAGGACGAGUUGCUGUGGGGAGCGGCUUGGCUGCACAAAGCGUCGAGGAGGAGAGCGUACAGAGAAUACAUAGUGAAGAACGAGGUGGUGCUGAGGGCUGGCGAUACCAUCAAUGAGUUUGGUUGGGACAACAAGCAUGCCGGCAUUAAUGUCCUCAUCUCCAAGGAGGUGUUGAUGGGGAAAGCAGAAUAUUUCGAGUCUUUCAAGCAAAAUGCAGACGGUUUUAUCUGCUCUAUAUUGCCUGGGAUUUCUCACCCACAAGUCCAAUACUCUCCAGGGGGGCUGAUGUUCAAGACGGGAGGGAGUAACAUGCAGCAUGUAACGUCGCUCUCAUUCCUGAUGGUGGCAUAUGCCAACUAUCUCAGCCACUCCCGGAAGGUGGUUCCAUGCGGCGAGCUGACGGCUUCACCAUCCCUCCUCCGUCAAGUGGCGAAGCGGCAGGUGGACUACAUCCUCGGCGACAACCCCUUGCGCCUCUCUUACAUGGUCGGCUACGGUCCCCGUUUCCCACACCGGAUCCACCACAGGGGCAGCUCCCUCCCAUCCGUGGCGGCCCACCCCUCCCCUUUCAGAUGCAAGGACGGCACUUCUUAUUUCCUCAGCCCAGGCCCAAACCCAAACCUUCUGGUGGGAGCCGUCGUUGGUGGCCCCAACAUCACCGAUGCCUUCCCAGACUCAAGGCCCUUCUUCCAACAGUCUGAGCCCACCACUUACAUCAACGCCCCUCUCCUCGGCCUCCUCUCCUUCUUCUCUUCCCACCCUUCUUGAUCUUAUCUUCUUCUUCUUCUCUCUGUAACUGUAUUCUAGUCCCUCGACCAAAAAAACAAAAAACUGUAUUCUAGUCCUCUCCUCUAUAUAAUAUUAACAUGAGGAAAAUCCUUCUUUUUAACCUCUCUCUCCUUUAAUAAUAUUAAUUUGAUUGCA